ACGAGAAUGCUGUUGAAGAACAAUCAAACGUAGUGGCCGCGCAUGAUAAAAAUAAUUCCCGAAGAAUUAAUCCGCACAAGUAUCUUCUGUACAAACCGACUUUUAGUCAGUUGAUGGUUUAUAUAGCAACAGCAUUCAAGGAAAUAAAUGAGAAUUCUGCCUUGCUAUUAUACUUGUCCGCCGAUGGGAUCAAACGUCCAGUUAGUGAAAAAGAUUCCAUUAUUGGAUAUAACGGUGGGAUUGUGACUAGCUCACGGAAAACGUUCGACAAGACAGACGUAGUAGAUACUAAUAGCUUGGUCAAUUGCUUACAUCCGAAUGACUUGGUUCCAUUCACGAGAAAGCCGCUUUUCUUGAUUGUUGACAGUCCAAAUAGCACAGCAUUUUCCAGUUUUCCACGAGUUUUUGACCAACCAUUUUGUUGUCUCAUGUCGCCAACCGAGUAUCCUCCUUCCAUUACUGAUACAUCCCAGAUAGGCAGUCUGCUCACACUGUUUUUGCAUGCUCCACUUCUCGCGUUCGCGUUCAUCUCUGGAAUACAUGAGCUAGCUAAGGAAUCAUGGGAGAGAUGUUUGGUGCUUAUGACCGAGAUGGAGGCCGAAGUGGUUGAACUUUUUAACAAAUCUGAUUUAGAGAAAUCAGUCAAACGCUUCCUGCAGGAUGACUUCCUUCGUCAAUUUUUGGUGAGAUUCGUACUUUGCCAAUCACUUUUGAGAGCACACACGGCAUUUCAGAAUGAAAAGCAUUACCCAACAUCUAGCCCAUCUCUACCUUCCGGAUUAUCCGUUACAACCGAAUUAUUCGUUAAAAUCCAACAGCUUGUAAAGGAAGCGCAU